CCGUCCCGCCCAACCCCGCCCCGUCCCUGGCGGCUCGAAGCGCUCUUGCCUGCCGGGUCGUCCUCACUUCUCUUUCCCACAGGCUGGCGCCUGUCCCUUGCGUUUCUGAGUCUCUGCUCGCGCACGUCGCGGGAUCCAUGCCGCAAUCCAUGGCCAGGCCUACGGGGCUGAGGAGAUGGGCGACCUCCCGGCUCUUCGCUGCCGUUAUUUUACUUGACCUGGCUGUCUGUAAAGGAUUUGUAGAAGAUCUAAAUGAAUCAUUUAAAGAUAAUCGAAAAGAUGACAUUUGGCUUGUUGAUUUUUAUGCACCCUGGUGUGGCCAUUGUAAAAAACUGGAACCAAUUUGGAAUGAAGUUGGAUUUGAAAUGAAAAGCAUUGGUUCUCCAGUUAAAGUUGGAAAAAUGGAUGCUACUUCAUACUCUAGCAUUGCUUCAGAAUUUGGAGUUCGAGGUUAUCCAACAAUUAAGCUAUUGAAGGGGGACUUGGCAUAUAAUUACAGAGGACCACGGACUAAAGAUGAUAUAAUUGAGUUUGCUCACAGAGUGUCUGGAGCUCUGAUUCGGCCACUUCCAAGUCAACAAAUGUUCGACCAUGUACAGAAGAGGCAUCGGGUAUUUUUUGUUUAUAUUGGUGGAGAAUCACCCUUGAAAGAGAAAUACAUAGAUGCUGCAUCAGAAUUAAUUGUAUAUACAUACUUCUUUUCUGCCUCAGAAGAUGUGGUUCCUGAGUAUGUGACACUGAAAGAGAUGCCCGCUGUGCUUGUUUUCAAAGAUAACACUUACUUUGUUUAUGAUGAGUAUGAAGAUGGUGAUCUGUCCUCAUGGAUCAGCAGGGAGAGGUUUCAGAACUACCUUACUAUGGAUGGCUUCCUUUUGUAUGAACUUGGAGACACAGGAAAGCUUGUGGCCAUUGCAGUUAUUGAUGAGAAAAACACAUCACUUGAACAUACCAGAUUAAAGUCAAUUGUUCAGGAAGUUGCUAGAGACUUCAGAGACCUCUUCCACAGAAAUUUUCAGUUUGGCCAUAUGGAUGGAAAUGACUAUAUAAACACUUUGCUGAUGGAUGAAUUGACAGUCCCAACCAUAGUUGUACUGAAUACUUCAAAUCAACAGUACUUUUUGCUAGAUAGACAUAUUAAGGAUGCCAGUGAUAUGGUCCAGUUCAUUAACAGCAUUUUGGAUGGUACAGUACCAGCCCAAGGAGGUGAUAGCAUUUUGCAGAGAUUGAAAAGAAUAAUGUUUGAUGCCAAAUCUACAAUUGUGUCUGUAUUUAAGAGUUCUCCACUUUUGGGCUGCUUUCUCUUCGGCCUGCCACUUGGUGUCAUCAGCAUUAUGUGCUAUGGAAUCUACACAGCUGAUACAGAGGGAAGCUAUAUAGAAGAGCGAUAUGAAGUGUCCAAAAGCGAAAUGGAAAAUCAGGAACAAAUAGAAGAGAGAAAAGAGCAAGAGUCCAUCAGUGGAGAAUCUCUAGUGCCUACUAUGCAAGAGCCCAAGGAUGUAUUAGAAAAGAAGAAAGAUUGAGACUUCAUAGGAAAAAAUUGAUAGGAUUUCAAAUUAUUAAAAAUUAUUUAUUCAUUUUAGAAAUUUAAUCAUGAUCUAUUUACAGAAGAGAACAUGUUACUUGUAUUUUGCUAAUAACAACUGCAUGAAUUAAAGUAAUCCUUCCAUAAAUGGGAACUUAUUUGGAGCACAGAGAUGAAGAGUUUGUUUAAAACAAAACCAGAUCAUUGUUUCAGUUUACCUUAAAGAUGCGCAUUCUGUUCACACUCCUUUGUGUGCAUGUUCUAUGACAAAGUUAAAAAACUUGGACAGAAUAUUAUCUUGACAAUUGGGGUGGAAGAUAUGUGGUUUUACGGAGAGAAAUAGUGUUUCACCUACUAUUGUCAAGUCUCCUAUAUUUUGGAUAAAAUUUAUAUAAACAAAUUAAGUCUUUAAAAUUUAGAUGUUUUAAGAGAAAUUACUAACCUUUUCCAUAUAUAAAAUUUUAGAUUCUGAGUUUAAAAAUAGUGAGGAUUUUAUAUAGCAUAGUGAUUUUAUUUUACUAGUUGUUUUUAAAGGAGAAAUGUUACUUUUUUACUUAUACUCAGUUGAAUUAUUAUAAUACUGGCUUAUGGUCUCAUGAAGUGGGGAAAGAAUCUUUGACCUUUACAGAAUGACCAGGGUAUGCGGGGAGUGGUGGCUUUAGCCCCUGCCCUAUGCUGCUCAGCAGGGUGCACUGUCCAUCACUGCAAGAAGUAGAAGCCCUCUUAGUACACCUUGCUUUUAACCAAAGCAAUGUAGUAUUUUGUUCUUUUAUUUUUAUUUUAUAGCGUGACAUUACUUCUAAAAUUUCUAAUAGUUAAGAAUGUUUUCAGAAGUAAUAAAUCUGUUUUUAUGAUAUAUAAACUAAUAAUUUAAAAAUUACUGCCACACCUCUGUUGUGGGAGGCCAUGACAUGUCAGUGAUACAAUCAGCAUAUUAAACUUGGAUGUCAGGAACAAAGAGAUCCAUGUUCCCUUCUCUAGCCUCUCAACUUUGCCUCCGUGUCAUUCAUGACCUCUCGUCUUUGAUCAGAAUGCAGUCUAAGACUAAGAGUGGGUAUUUUGUGAUAACAUGUUUACUAAACAUUAAUUUGUUAAUUUUGAAACCUUCAUUUUAGUUCAUCUUAGAAUUUUUAUUAGAUAAUAUUUAGGUGGCUGUUCUUUGAGUAAUUUAGGGUUUAUUGAAAGGAUCUGCUGAAAAUUUGCAAACAUGGUUUGCAGUUCUAACACUGUUGUUACUUAGGGCUUUUUUGGUAACCAGGGGAGUUUCUGCCUUCUGAUGCAAUAUUAAUCAGCACUGAACUGAAACUGUCUGUAGAGCCAGGAAAUUGCUAGUCAUAGUUUGUAUCCAGGUAUUCUUUUCAUAUUUUAAAAAACAUCUAUUUUUAAUAUUUAAUCAACCAUAAUUAACUUUAUUGAUAAUGGUAUAAAUAUAAAGUCACAGGAAAUUUCAGAAAAUAGAAAGUAUUUUCAAAUGGAAGCUGGAGAUAAACACUGUUCAUAAUUGCUGUGAAAAGUAAACUCCUCCAAAGAAUAAAGACUCCUUGGGAAGACUUCAUGAUAGUUGUCUGAAUGGUUAAUUCUUUUUACAGGAGGAAAGACCUGAAGUUUAUACAAGAUGAUUCAUUUAUGAUGCUCUAUGGUAUCAUGAGAGAGACAUGAGGAAAUAGAGAGUACCACUAAUAAAUUUUAUUAUUGUCAUCACUAUCAAAAGUUAUGUGUAUUUUGUCUUAUCAAUCUCAACUUGUAAAUAAGUUCUCAGUAGUAAAAAAGAUAAGUCACAGCUUUGUAUCAGUAAACAGAAACACAGAGGUAGUUUUGGGGAAUUUUGUUUGGUUUUUGUUUUUUCUUUUGUUUUCUUUGUUUUUGGCAAUACUUUUCUUGAAUGACUAUUUUGGUUCUGUAUUGUGAAACAACUUCAUGCUGAUCCUCAGUUUAUUUGUACUUUCAAAAUGUUUUCUUUGAGGAAAAAAACCCAAUGUGUAAGUGGUUUAUAAGUGAAUAGUUUCAUUUAUUCUUGUAUUAAACUUAUACUUUUUUUUUUUUUUUUUGGUUUUUCGAGACAGGGUUUCUCUGUGGUUUUGGAGCCUGUCCUGGAACUAGCUCUUGUAGACCAGGCUGGUCUCGAACUCACAGAGAUCCGCCUACCUCUGCCUCCCGAGUGCUGGAAUUAAAGGCGUGCGCCACCACCGCCCGACCUUUUUGCUUAUUCUUGAGGAUAUUUUUAUCUGCAUUGUCAGGUUGCUCACAUAAAAAAAUUUAAAGUUUGUUCACGCAUGUGUUUUUCUUGUUGAUGUGUUAUUCUAAAUACUGUUUGCUUACCAGGAGAACAUACUACAGAAUCAAGGCAGCUUCUUCAUAAUCUAGGAAAAGAUUGAUCCUCUAAUUCAGUGAUAAAUUUCAUGGUUAAAUACCAACAAAAGAGUCCUUUCAGGAAAUUGGAAUUCCACCUUUUCUUUCAUGUGUAAAGUUCUGAUUUUUGAAAUUCAAAAAUUUAGCUCUUUGGUGCUCAAACAACAUUCAAGAGUAUUCCAGAGAAUGUUCAUGCUUAGUCCAGCAUCUCUUUAUGAAAUCCUUUAUUGUGUAUGUCAAUAGUUUUGUACCUUCUAUUGUUUGAAACUUCUUUGAGAUUUAUUAGAUAUAUAGGUUUUGUUUUCCUCCUCUCUUUAAAGAACAUUUGGACCUGGUUUAGAAAUGCCAAAUAAGUAAAGAUGAUGGAAAGGACUCUUAAGAGCUGAAGCAAUUGCGUUUGUUGUUUCUGUUUUAUCCAUCUUAUUGCCCGUGAUGUUUCUAAGAUUUUGACUUGGUAGCUCUUGGUUUUAAAAUAUUUUUAUCAGUGUUUUCUGAUGAAAUGGACAGGGAAAAAAAAUCACUCAGCUAUUCUUAUGUAGAAAUUAUUAAGCCAGUAUAAGAUGUUAAGAUUUAAGUAGAGGGAUUGAGUCUGUCAUUUUAUUUUUUACAAAUAUAUAUAUUUUUUUCUGAAUGUUUCUGAGUCCCAAGAAUGAGCAAAAUAAUAAUAGUAAUUUUCUAGUUUGGACUAAGCUAUAAAGGUUUUUGAAAGUCUGUAUUACUACUAACUUGUUAAAUUGUGAUAAUAUGCCUUAUGUCAUCAGUUGCAAACUUUUCUUUUCUAAAAUAAAUUAAAAACAUGAUUGCAUAAUUUCUACACAAUAUGUAUUUUUCAGAAAUUUGCCAUAUGGCUAUGGGGCAGUGGAAUAAGAAUAAACAGCCCAAAAUAGGAGUUGGCACUGAUUUGCAGGUUAUAAGCAGAGAUAGCCUACUGAGCUAUAUGGGGCACCAAUCUUAUGGAACUGUAGUCUUAACUCCAUUUUUCUUUUUCUUACUCUACCCUAGUGAAAUCAGGAAAGCCAAUUAACUUCUCCCACUUCUGAAUUACAUGCGAUUUGAGGAUAAUGCCACUUAUCUAGAUUAUGAAGUACCUGUGUCUGGCACAUAGCUCAUUAACUGACUGACAUUUAUUGUUUAAAUUUAGUUGACUUAUCACUUCAUUUAGAAUUCUGUCAUUGAUAGAGGGAAAAAACAAUUUACUGUAAUUUGAAUUCCUGGUAUUUUAAAUUUUUCUUGGCUAAUUUGCUGCAGUUUUUGAAUUCUAUCAUUUUAUAUAGUGAUAGAAAAUAUUUUAAUAUUGAAAUUAAAACUAAGUAUUUAGGUUUAGUUACCUGUAAAAAUUCUCUGGCUUUUCUACUUUUUAGAUGAAAAUGUUACACAAGAAGGUGUAACUUGUCAGUAAGGUUAUUAUGUGUGAAUAUCUUACUUAGAUUUCUGUAUGAUUUAGACAGAGUUAAAUGCAGGUAUGUUACUGGAGGUAGGUUUUGAGGUUUCCAAAGCUGUCUGUGGGUCAGGAUGUAGCUCUCAGUUGCUUUUCUAGCAUCAUGUCUGCCUGCCACCAUGCUCCCCAUGAUGAUGAUGAUGGUGAUGAUGUCUUGUGAAGCUGUAAGAAAGCCUCUGAUUAAAUGUUUUG